AAUGUUGAGGACUUGCCGCACACUUUAAGAUCGGGAGUGCUUUAAUCUAUCUGGCAACGUUUAAACAGCCAUAACAAGAUGGCGUACGCUUUGAGAUUGCCGAUGUGUGGAGGCUUAUGGAAAAAUGCUAUAUACAUGCCAAAAUCUAUGCAAAUAUUACAACCUAUGGCCACAGCAACCUCAAAGUUGAAACCAAAUGAAAAUUUCUGGGAAAAAAAUUCAAGAUUAAAUCGGCCACUUUCACCUCAUCUUACUAUUUAUAGUUUUCAAAUAACAUCAGUGCUAUCAGUCACUCAUAGAGGAACAGGCAUUGGUUUGGGUACAGUUUUGUAUGGAUUUGCGGUUGGGACUCUCCUAUUGCCUUCUAAUUACCCACAUUACAUUGAAUGGUUAAGCUCAUUACACAUCAGUCCAUUAAUUUCUGUAGUUAAAUUUGGGUUGGCAUGGUCUUUUUUCUUUCAUUAUUUUAAUGGAAUAAGACAUUUAGCAUGGGAUGCAGGCUAUGGAUUUGAAUUGAGUAACUUGUACAAGUCUGGUUAUGCUGUUUUAGGAUUAUCAACCAUUUUGUCUCUUCUUGUUUUAUUUGCUUAGUUUAAAAUAAGUAGAUUUUAAAAUUAGAAACUAGUGUUAAACAAAAUGUAAUCUACAAAGACAUAUUUAUGAUAUAUUGGACUUUGUAUAAUUUGGAGACUAUUGGAAAUUUAAAAAAGAACACUGUUUUUUUUAACAAUUUAAACAAGAAUUUAGUUGGAUUUCAUUUGAAUUUAAAUAAUUUUGUAAAAGUUAAGUACUUUAAUAUUAAAUAAACUAAGCAUAACA